AUGUGCACCGGCAGCUGCGCCCGCUGCCUGGGCAUCGCGCUGGUGCCCCUGGCCGUCCUCGGCUUCCUGGCCAACGUGCUGCUGUUCUUCCCCGGGGGGAAGGUCAUGGCCGACAACAGCAACCUGUCCCAGGAGGUCUGGUACUUCGGAGGCAUCCUGGGGAGCGGGGAUGACCUUCCCACCCCCCAGAUGAUCUUCCCCGCCCUGGUGUUCUUGGGCCUGAAGAACAACGACUGCUGUGGCUGCUGCGGGAAUGAGAGCUGCGGGAAGCGCUUCGCAAUGUUCACCUCCAUCAUCUUUGCUGUCAUUGGCCUCGUGGGUGCUGGCUACUCGUUCAUCAUCUCAGCUGUCUCCAUCAACAAAGGCCCCAAGUGUCUCAUGGAUACCAAGACCUGGGGCUACCCCUUCCACGACGGAGACUACCUGGGCGACCAGGCCUUGUGGAAGAGGUGCCUGGAGCCGCCCAACGUGGUGCCCUGGAACCUGACCCUCUUCUCCAUCCUGCUGGUCAUUGGUGGGGUCCAGAUCGUGCUCUGCGCCAUCCAGGUGAUCAACGGGCUCCUGGGCACGCUCUGCGGAGACUGCCAGUGCUGUGGGGGCGAAGGAGCAGUCUAACCGCCACCCCCGGCAAGCCGCCU